AUGAGGGCGAGGCUCCUGCCUUCGCUCUUGGCACUGUCUUUGACGCUGUGUCUCGCUCUUGGCCUAUCGUCAUCCGGCCUGCUUGUCCGCGCAAAUGCAUUCGAAUCACCAGUCACCAGCGAUCCCGUCGCCGCCAACCAGCACCUCACCCAGGCCAAUGCCGCCCUCCAGUCCGGCCGCUACCAAGAAGCACUCACCUCUUUCGACGCAGCAUUGCAAGCCGAUCCAACCUCAUGGCUCACCUACUACAGGAGGGCAACAGCACAGCUCUCCCUCGGCCGCACGUCCGCUGCGCUCCAAGAUUUCGCCAGCCUGCUCGAGCUCAACCCCAAGUUCGACAAGGCGUACCUGCAGCAGGCCAAGGUAUAUCUCAAAGAAGGCGACUACGAUAAGGCGAAAGCGGCUCUCAAGUCGUACGACUCUGUUCGGGCCGAGAAGGGCGCCCCAUCUGCUCCCGCGGAUGCCAACAGCGUUCGCUCCAAGCUCACUCUCGUCGAGACAUCACUGCGCUCCCUGGACAAGCUAGCAAAGGAACUCGACAAGUCGAACACCAAGGGCAAAGGCAAAGAACUCGACGCAACCAAGAUCGACCACUGCAUCCACAUGGCGGGCGAAGUGCUCAAGAUCUCGCCCUCGCAUCUCGAAACGCGGCUCGUCCGCGCCCGCUGUCAGACGAUGAAGGGCAACAUCGAAGAUGCGAUGGCCGACUGGACACGGGCUGUUCAUCUCUCACCCUCGCCCUUCCUCCUGCGACGAUUGGCGGUGCUCUCUUACUUCCUUGUGUCCGAGCCGGGGUCGCAGAGCAGGGAUGCAGGGCUGCAGCACCUCAAGGCGUGUCUUCACUCGGAUCCGGAUAACAAGGCGUGCGCCCAGCUGCAUCGCAAGAUCAAAGCCCUCGAGAAGAGUCUGAAGAAGGCUCGGAACUUUUACAACUCGCAGAGCUUCCGGCCGGUGCUGUCGGCGUUGAAGGGGGGCAAGGUGGGCGGACCGACGGUGGUGGAUGAUAUCAAGGACAUCCUUAAGGCUGCGACGGAAAUUCAGGCCGGGGAUGAGGAGGCGUUGAUUCCGUCCACCUACAAAGGCGACCCCGUCCAGGAUUCGGGGUUGCUCCUCGAGCUGCACGUGAUGUACUGCAAGUCCUACACAGAGCUCAACGACCUAUCCAAGGCCAUGUCGUAUUGCGAGCUGGUCCUUCUGCGCGAUCCGGACAACGUGGAAGCCGUCCUUGCGCGCGCAGAGGUUGCGCUGCAGAACGAGAGCUACGACGAAGCGGUCCGAGAUCUCACCAAGGCCUUCGAAGCGUCGGGUCGAACCGAUCGUGCCAUCCACGCAAAGCUCCAAACCGCCCAAAAGCGCCUCAAGCUCAGCCAGAGUAAGGACUACUACAAGGUCCUAGGCGUCAAACGAUCCGACAGUUUGCCGACGAUCAAGAAGGCGUAUCGCAAGCUGGCGAGGGAGAACCACCCGGAUAAGGGCGGGAGCCAGGAGAAGAUGGCCCAGAUCAACGAGGCGUGGGGCGUACUGGGCGAUGAGGAGUUGAGGAAGAGGUACGAUGAGGGGGAUGAUCCGAACGAUCCGAUGGGUCAGCAGCAGGGCGCGCACGGAAACCCGUUCGCCCAGGGAGGGCAUCCGUUCGAUAUGUUCUUCCAGCAAGGCGGGUCGUUUGGCGGAUUCCCUGGUGGCGGUGGUGGUGGGUUCCCUGGUGGUCAACAAUUCCACUUCAAGAUGGGAUGA